AUGGCCGAGUCAAUGGAGAUCCCGUUCGGAUUUGUCCUCCUCAUUUUCCUCGUCGCCGGCAUUGCAGGCCUUAUCGUAGGCGCAAACCUUGAGCAACCCACCCCGAAGCUCAAAGUCACCGCGAUGCAAGAGUCCUCCGCUCCGAAACCGACUCGCGCCUCUCCUGCCACCACCACCGACGCCGCCCACCCGUACCGCCGCCAACUCCUCGCCGCCGACGCUGAGAACGAGCGCCUUCGCCGCCAGCUGAGGGAAGCGCGUGAUGAGGCUACUCUGGCGCAGGCUUCCGCACGAGAGCAGGCCUACAAUGCCGCUCAAGUCGAAGUAGAACAGCGGAAAGAGAGCAGUGCGUGGGAAGCGAGAGUGGAGAGAUUGAUGGUGCGGGCGGAGGGAAGUGAAGCGAAAAUUGCGCACUUCAAGAUGAUGACGAAGAUGGCGGAGACGGCGAAGGAGAUGGCUGAAGAGAGCAAGGAGAGGGCGGUGAACGAGUUGCGCUUGCGUGAGGAGAAGCAGCGGCAGGAGAAGAGGGAUGUGGAAGAGGAGGUAAUGAAGGCGGAGAGCAGGGUGAGGAUGGAGGGGAGGGAAGAUUUGAAGCGCACGCUGGCCAAUUUUGCCGCGGCGCAGGAGAAGGUGAAGGAGGUCUCGGCGGAGAAUGGACAGUUGAGGGAGAGGCUUGCCGCGUUGGAGGCGUGGUGCGCUGCGCAAGUCUUGGAGCCGACUGUGCAGGAGAAGGAGGAGCAGGAGGAGGAGGAGAAGCCGGAGCCGCCCGCCUCACCUGAUGCUGAAGGCUCACACAAAGCCGAAGCUGGAGAUGAGGAAGGAGCGACCGAGGAACCAGUGUCGUCGCCAGCUGAACAAGAGCUGGUCGAGAGCGAGAGCGAGUCGGACGUUGCUGGAGAGAGCGGUGAUGUGCAGGCUCACCAGAGUGAGCAACUGCCACCUCUCCCGGACUCUCCCAAGGCGGAGGAGUCUACUGAGCUCUCCGAAGCUUCCACCGAAGCUCCCGGCAACCAAGCGCACGAUGAGGAGGAAGCGGCGGCCAGCCCACCUCCAGCGGAAGAAGCAGAUGUCGUUGAGCAGGUGGAGGAAGUGGCAGACGGCCCCCAUCCACCAGCGAACGACUCUGCAGCCACGGACGGCGACGAGCAGUCGAAUGAGCCGACGUCUGUCGAGCAACGCGAGCUCAGUCCUCUCAACAAAGAGCUGGUUCUGGCGCUGGAAGAAGCCGCUCGAAGCCCACCCCGAGCAGCGCACCCGGAGGACGUUGAGCAGGACGUCGAGCCAGCGAUUGAAGCUCCAGAUGACGAAGAUGAACCCGAGGAGGUGAGGUACAGCCCACCUCCACCUGCAGAGCAGCAUGUGUUCGUUGAUGAAGCUAUUGAGCUCGAAGACGCGCCAAUGGCAGACGAGGAGACGCCUCUCCGGGAUCUUUCGAUCGAGCAUGGAGAAGAGUCGCAGGCUCUCGACCUCAUGGACGUGGACGAUGCGACCAAAGGCGACCCUGAUGAUUCAAUCAUGAGUGGCUCGACCGACGACGGUUCCCAAAUCGAGGAGUUCACCGAUAUCUACGAGCAUGUUGAGCAAGAUCGGGACAUGGUCAACAAUGGAGCUACCAACCACGGGUUUGAUGUUGCUCAAGCAGACGAUAUGCUGCGCCAGUCCACAGUCCCUUCAAGCCCGCACGAUUCGGCGAGAUGGAUUCCAGGAAUUGAUAGCCCGCAUUCUCACACGAAACACCGGGACCUUGACAACGAUCAAGAUAUGGACCAGAAUGGCGGCCAAGACGAGACCGAGAUGAACGAUCAGCACAUGGGUGACGCUGCAGACGCGUUUGACGCUCCAGGUCUCCCAGAUCUCUCUCGAGGCGUUCAAGGAGUGAGUGGAAUGACUCCGGCAUUGUAUGAUUUCCUCAAGAAGAGCGCUCAGGCGAGCAUGCAGACGAGUAUGCAGUCGUACGGCUCUCCGGAAUCGCAGGAUGCGGAGAUGAGUGACGACGACGAGAACAUGACCUGGGAGAACGUUGAUGUCGAUACUCCUGCCGUCUCAUCACCACCACAGGAGAGCUACAACAUCGACAUCCCGUCGUCGGGUCGAGACUACCACCCCCCUGCUGCACGUCCAAUGCCAGCAAUCUCGCAAGCGCCAUUACCUUGGGCACCUUCAAAAGCGCCAGGAUCCUUCCUUUCAUCAUCAUCAGCCACCUCGCAAGCGCCAUCACCUUGGGCACAAUCGAAAGCGCCAGGAUCAUUCCUCUCAUCAUCAUCAUCAGCCCCCGUGGCGAAGAAACACACCCCUAUGAUCUACACCCCACAAGUGUACACCGUUCCACCACCAGUCCGCACCUCGUCCAAGCUUAAGCCCUGCGGAACAUGCUUCGGCAACGUGGUUGAGCACGACGAAGGAUGCGAGACUCUGAAAGUGCAAAUCCUCAUCGGCGGCUCGGGACAUGACCCGCUCUGCAAAACCUGCAGUAAACGCCAGUCCACCCACGCCGGAAUGAAUUGUCCGCUGAAGACCAAGAUUCCCGCCGAUGGAUUCCAGAUCGAGGGCUUCAUUGCAUUGACCGACUGUAUCAAUGGUGACUGUCACGCCAUUGAGAAUGAUCCUCAUCUCUUUGACUGCUUUGUUGCGCAGAUCGAGCAGAUUGCGCUGUUGGGAGGUGAGCACAUCGAGACCGGCAAGGCCAACGAGGAUGUCGAGAGGGAGAGUGGACCUCUGAAGCUCAAGAAUGAUAUUUCGUUGCGGAUGCUGGAUCAAGAUACCGGUUCGCACAAGCGCCAGAAAGCAGUGCAUUUCGCUGAGCCGAUCGAGCAAGGACCUGCUGUUGUGUCGACGCCAGCACCGAAGCCGAGAUCGAAGCCAAAGGCCAACAGUAUCUUCUUCACGCCGCAGAAGAAGCCUGCGUUGAAGCAGCCCGCGACUGCGAAUGCGAAUUCAUCCAAUGGACGUGCAUCUGCACGCAAGUAA